AUGGUUCGUCUUAAAAAUGUAGGCACAGACACGUUUAAUAAGAACACUAAACCUCCAGUCACGAGGAAGAGGAAAUUGACCGCAAGUAACAAUGAAAAUGUAGAUCCAAAUUCAGAACCGGUGAAAAAUCAAAAUGAAAACAAAGGUUCAGCUGCGAAACUCACUGCUAAAGCAAAUAUUCAACCUAAGAGAAGCAGAAAGAAAACGAAGGACGUGAACACUGAACCAAAUGCAGCAACGAGAAUUAGCGAUAAGUGUAAUAACAACACUAAACCUCCAGUCACGAGGAAGAGGAAAUUGACCUCAAGUAACAAUCCAAACUCAGAACCGGUCAAAAAUCAAUCUGAAAACAAAGGAGAUGCUGCGAAAGUCACUGCUAAAGCAAAUAUUCAACCUAAGAGAAGCAGAAAGAAAACGAAGGGUGUUAACAAUGAACCAAAUGCAGCAACGAGAAUGAGUGGACCAUGACUUUCGGAUGAUAACCUGGAUGAAGAACGACCACAUAACUAUCCGGAUCUUUUAAACUCUGAUGAAGACGAUGAAGGGGAUUACGAACACAUUUUCCAAUGUAGUAGUCCUGAUAGCACAGACACAGAAGAUGGUGAUAAUGAUAAAUACCAACCUUCUCCAUCACAUCUGCAACAAACGCAUAUCUCCGAACAAGAACCUCCUUCGACCGUACACAUAGUUCCAACACUUCCUGAGAGUGUGAUUACUCAAGAAACUGUUCAACCUUCUCCAACUCUGAAAAAACGAAAGAGAGUUAGUAUGGCAAAAAAGAAAGAAACUGUACCCGAUAAGAUUGUAUACAAUGACGAGGGUGACAUGACUUAUUCGUGCGUGCAUUGUGGUGCUAAAUUUUGGUAUGGAGAACGACUAAACAGAAGAAGGAGGACGGGGGAUCCAUCAUUCAACCUUUGUUGUAUGCACGGCCAAGUCAAAUUGCCUUUACUAAAGGAUCCUCCUGCUCUUAUUAAAAAAUUGCUGUUUGGGGAUGAUGAAAUGAGCAGGCACUUUCAAAAAUUUAUCAGAAUCUACAACAUGUUGUUCUCUAUGACGUCUCUCGGAGGUAAAACUGAUCGUUCUAUCAAAAAAGGAAAGGGUCCAAACAUGUUUCAGCUGCACGGAGAAAAUUACCACCUAAUUGGAAGUAUGCUUCCAAACCCCGGUGAUUAUGCAAAAUUCUAUCAGAUGUACAUAGUUGAUUCUGAAAAUGAAUUGGACAACAGACUGAAUUUUUUCAGUAAGGGGAAACACGCAUCCAAGCCAGAUAAGAAGAAUAGACUCAGGAAGGACAUCAUUGAUGCGCUGACAAAGAUGCUCGACGAUGUCAACCCCUAUGUCAAGAAUUUCAGGACUGCAAGAGAAAGAUUCAACACUAAUCCUGAAGAUAGUUUUCAUAUGAGGAUAAUUAGUGAUCGUGUUACAGAUGGUAGAACUUACAAUGUUCCAACUGUGUCUGAGGUUGCUGCAAUUAUUCCCGGAGAUUUCAAUUUAGAAAUGGGUACAAGACGGGAUAUUGUUCUAGAGAAACGAUCAGGCAAGCUGCGACGGAUAAGCGAAAUCCAUCCAGCCUACAUACCACUGCAAUAUCCUCUGGGGUUUUCUUAUGGAGAAGAUGGUUUCCGACUUGGAAUUAAGAAAGCCAAUGUUGAAGCUUCUAAGAAGACGAAAAAGGAAAACAUCAGCGUUAGACAGUUUUUUGCGUAUCGUCUAAUGGUUAGACCAAACGAGUCAAAUCACUUGCUACACUCUAGGAGAUUGUUCCAGCAGUAUCUGGUUGAUACCUACACUAUGAUAGAGUCUAACAGAUUAUCCUACUUGAGAUUGAACCAGACAAGUUUGAGGUCUGAUAGCUAUGACUCUAUCAAACAAGCGGAAGACCACGGUGUUAUUGAAAUGGAUGAACAAGGCAAUAAAUUUCUGCUACCUGCGAGUUUCACUGGUGGACCAAGAUACAUGAGGGAGUUGUAUUUUGACGCCAUGGCCAUUUGUAGACAUCAUGGAUUUCCAGAUCUUUUCAUUACUUUUACAUGCAAUCCUAAAUGGCCAGAAAUAUCAAGGGAUCUCGCAGGGACCCGUCUAAGUGCCACUGAUAGAGCUGAACUUAUUAGCAGAGUCUACCGGAUGAAACUAAAAUCUCUUAUGGAAGAUCUAACUCUCAAAAACCUGCUGGGAAAAACGGUGGCCUCUAUGUACACCAUAGAAUUUCAAAAGCGAGGUUUGCCACAUGCACACAUUCUUCUAUUCAUGGAUCAGAAGUCAAAGCUCCAGACAACAGACGCUAUUGACGAUAUUAUAUCCGCCGAAAUACCAGAUAAAUCAAAAGAUCCAGAGUUGUAUGAUGUUGUGAAAGAUAUGAUGAUUCAUGGACCAUGUGGUCAUGCCAACCCCAAUUCACCAUGUAUGAGCAAUGAUAUAUGUACUAAGAACUUCCCCAAGAGCCACGCUGAAAAGACUACAAUCAAUAGAGAAGGAUUCCCAUUAUAUAGGAGACGCGAUCAGCCCAAUGUGUUUGUGGAGAAGAACGGUUUUAAAUGCGACAACAGAUACGUAAUUCCAUACAACAAAACCCUAUCCGUCCGUUAUAGAGCACACAUCAAUGUUGAGUGGUGUAACCAGACGGGGGCUGUCAGAUAUUUAUUUAAGUACAUCAACAAAGGAGCCGAUCGUGUUUCUGUUGUCGUUGAGUCAGCUGAGGAAGCCAGGAGAAAAACAAAGAGCGGACAUAAGGAUGUUAGUGGAGAUGCCAACAGUCGAUCAAAUGAUGAGGGUGUUAGCGCAGAGAAGAAAGCUUCCAAGGAAAAUAGGAAUGAGAUCAAGGACUACUUUGAUUGCCGGUACAUUUCACCCUCUGAAGCUGUUUGGAGAACAUUCAAAUACCCGAUACACCAUAGAUCUGUAUCAGUGGAGAAACUGACAUUCCACCUCGAAGGGAAACAGUUGGUUAUUUACAAAGGUAGUGACAAAAUGGAGAGGGUCGUAACACGUAAACUAAUUGAGAAGACAAUGAUGCUGGCAUGGUUUGAACUGAACAAGGAGUGUGAAUUUGCUAGAACGCUUACCUAUGUUCAGAUUCCAAAUUAUUUUACCUACGUAAAAAGUGAAAAACGCUGGAAACGUAGAAAGAGAGGAUUCAGCAUUGGAAGAAUCAAUUACGCACCAAGGAAGAUUGAAGAUGCUUACUAUUUGAGAAUGCUGUUAAACGUCGUGAGAGGUCCAAGAUCGUUUGAGGAGAUAAAGACCUAUAAUGGUGUGUUGUACCCUGAAUUUAAAGAUGCCUGUUACGCUAGGGGCCUGCUAGAGGAUGACCAAGAGUAUAUCGAUGAUAUUUGCAGAAGAAGCUUCACAUGUCCUCCAUCACAACUUCGCCAGUUGUUUGUCAUCAUGCUUACUUCAGAUAGUCUGAUUUCGCCAGAUGUAGUUUGGUAUGCGUGUUGGGAGUUUCUUUCUGACGACAUGGAGAUGAUUAGAAGAAGAGAUCUUAAUAGACCAGCACUUACGCUAAGUGACGAAGACAAAAGGGAAUAUGCUCUCCAGGAGAUUGUAAAGUUAGUAAAAAGGAAUGGCGCUGACUGGACGAGGUUUAAAAGUAUGCCUCAACCACGGGGAGUUACUUAUUCAGCUACCGAUAAUGUUCUAAUUUUUGAUGAAAAGAGUUAUGAAAAAGAGGAGCAGAAAACAAACCACGACAGAGACUUUGCUAAGCUUACUCCUGAACAGAAGAAAGUGUAUGAGGAAAUAAUUGGUUCUGUUUUAGCGAGAAAAGGAGGAGUGUUCUUUGUAUAUGGCUUUGGUGGAACUGGAAAAACAUUUUUGUGGAGGAUUUUGUCUUCUGCAAUUAGAUACAGGGAAGAGAUCGUUUUAAAUGUAGCUUCAAGUGGUAUAGCAUCACUACUGUUACAAGGAGGCCGCACGGCUCAUUCCAGGUUUGGGAUACCUCUGAAUCCAGAUGAGUUUACUACAUGUGUUAUGAGCAAAGGUUCUGAUCUAGCAAAUUUGGUCAAAGAGUCGUCUCUUAUUAUAUGGGACGAGGCUCCUAUGAUGAGUAGGCAUUGUUUCGAGUCUUUGGAUCGAAGUCUUUCAGACAUUAUUGGUAAUAAAGAUGGAAAGCCGUUCGGAGGUAAAGUAAUUGUGUUUGGAGGUGAUUUCAGACAAGUUCUUCCAGUAAUACCUGGUGGUGGUAGGGCACAAAUAGUAGGAGCCUCGCUGAACUCAUCUUAUCUUUGGAAACACUGCAAAGUUUUAAAACUGACAAAGAACAUGAGGCUCUUAUCUGGUAAUCUGAGUGAAGAAGAAGCAAGAGACCUAAAGGAAUUUUCAGAGUGGAUACUCGAUGUUGGUAAUGGAAGAAUAGCGGAACCUAAUGAUGGUGAAGCUGAGAUCGAAAUUCCUGAGGAAUUCCUUAUAAUGGAUGAAGAGGAGCCUAUUGAAUCUAUAAGCAGGAAGAUCUAUGGAAGUUCCGAGGCUCUGCAGGACAACACGGAUCCAAACUUUUUCCAAGGAAGAGCAAUUCUUUGUCCUACGAACGAAGAUGUCGACAAGAUAAACCAGCACAUGCUAGACAAAUUGAAUGGAGAGGAACGAAUUUAUCUCAGCUGUGAUACCUUGGAUCCUUCAGACUCUUCUGCCAUGAAUGACGAGGCUCUAAGCACGGAAUUCUUAAACAGCAUCAGAGUUGCUGGCUUACCUAACCACAGUUUGAGACUGAAGGUUGGGUGUCCGGUGAUGUUGCUAAGGAAUAUUGAUCCAAUAGGAGGUCUAAUGAAUGGAACAAGGCUGCAAAUUACUCAACUAGCUGACUUUAUGGUAGAAGCUAAGGUUAUUACCGGAGACAAGAUUGGAGCCAAAGUUAUCAUUCCUCGACUCACCAUUACACCAUCAGAUGCGAGGCUUCCAUUCAAGAUGAGAAGAAGACAAUUGCCUCUAUCUGUUGCUUUUGCCAUAACUAUUAACAAGAGCCAAGGCCAGUCCCUGUCAGAGGUUGGAAUUUACUUGCCAAGACCCGUUUUCUCUCACGGACAACUCUAUGUUGCUAUCUCCAGGGUUACGUCGAAAAAAGGAUUGAAGAUUUUGAUCGUGGAUAACAAGGGCAAGCCACAGAAGAAGACAACGAAUGUUGUCUUCAAAGAAAUUUUCCAGAAUCUCUAA